CCUCCGCUGUCAAUUUUCCUCCACAGUCCACUCUACUCCACUCCACUUCUCGUAGCACAGAGAAAGAAGCGAACGAGAGGAGGAGGAGGAGGAGAACAGAGCUGCGAUCAUGGCCAAGAAGGGGAAGAAGGAAGGACAAGGAGGUGGAGGAGGAGGAGGAGGAGAAGGGAAGAAAGACGACGGCACGAUCACCGUCGUUUUGAAGGUCGACAUGGAUUGUGAGGGAUGCGUCGAGAAGGUUAAGAAAUCCGUCAAGGGAUUCAAAGGGGUGGAAGGGAUGAAGGUGGACUCUGUCGGCGGGAAGCUGACGGUGGUGGGGAAGGUGGAUCCGACGAAGCUCCGCGAUCGAGUGGCGGCCAAGACCCACAAGAAGGUCGAUCUCGUCUCACCCACCAAUCCCCCCAAAAAGGAUGCCAAAGAGAAAGAGGACUCCAAAAAGCCCGCCGGCGAGAAGGACUCCAACAAGUCCCACGAGAAAAAGUCCAAGGAGCCUGUGGUUUCGACGGUGGUGCUGAAGAUUCAGCUCGACUGCGAUGGCUGCAUCAAACGGAUUGAAAAAGGGAUCCGGAAAAUUAAGGGAGUGCAGGUGGUGACGCUGGACGCGCAGAAGGAUCUGGUGACCGUGAAGGGGACGAUGGACGCGAAGGCGCUGCCGGAGGUGCUGAAGGAGAAGCUGAAGCGGGAGGUGGAGGUGGCGCUGCCGAAGAAGAACGAGGGUGGCGAGAAGAAGGACAAGGGCGGAGACAAGAAGGAGAAGGGCGAGGGUGGUGGCGGCGGAGGGAAAGAGGCGGCUACCAACCUGAUGGAGUACUACGCGGGCUAUCCUUACUACGUCGAGAUGGUGUACGCGCCACAGCUGUUCAGCGACGACAACCCCAACGCCUGCUCCGUUAUGUGAAAACGGAAACGGUUUCAUAUUUCAGUUUUGGUACUCUAUAUAUUUCCACCGCUAGGAAAUAAAAAAACAUACAUAAAAAGGAAAAAUAAGCAUUUGGUGUGAAUGCUUUUUGUUAGCCUGGAUUAAUGAUAUGGAGCUUUGUUGGUUUUGGAGUUAGGAUGUUUCCUUGUACGUCUUUAUAAUUCGUGGAACUUUAGUAAGUAAUGACUAAUCGAAUGAAGUUUGGUUACUUCA